UGUGUGCUAACUGAUAUUAAUCUGGUGUGAACAUUGCGAGAUAGGGUGGGACAGUGUGCGACGGGAAGAGGUUCCAUCCUUUUUAAUUUCUCAAGUUCGUAAAAUGAAUGACGCAGCUUUGAGUAAUAACAAAAAGCAGCUAAUUUUCGAUAAAAGUGUAAGGAAGCUGUUACGGAGGAAGACAAUGGAAAGAGAAAGACCUGAAAGACGUGAGCACUGUGAUGUACCUGAAGGAGUGAUAAGAGUUUACGCUCCAUUGCACUCAAAGGUUUCCAUGGCGAUCCAGCUGAACAGUCGGACGAAAGCCAAAGACAUCUUGGCAAGGUUUCAGUGCGAAAACAGUAACGGAACACCAGACAGUGACAGAAUAAACAACCAAAGUUUAUAUGAAAUAGGAGGAAAUAUAGGAGAGCAUUGCCUGGAUCCAGAUACCUAUAUGUUGGAUGUGUACAAUGUGAACCCUCGCGCAGAAUGGAUUUUAAAGCCAAAAAACAGCUGAAAAUGUGAAGGUGAUUUGAAGGACAUGCUUUACAAAUGCAGUAGACUGCGCCAAUGGAAUGCAGAAGACUCUGAGCAAUAGGAACAAUAAUGAUGGAGACUCGGCUCAAGACUUUGAAAAGAAA